AUGCCUCCUGCUAUGCCCAUGCCUAUAUUACGACCGAUAAGAAAUCAGAGUAGGAAACUGGCUACGAAGCCACCGCAGACUACAUCUCAGAUACAAUCAGUUCGGGAAAGCAAAUCCAAUUUCACAGAUAAUGAAAUUAGAGUAAUACAGCAAAUUUGGGGGUCGUUGGACAUGCGUUUUGAGGAUGAAGUAGAACAGCAAUCGGUCAACGACUGCUCUAUCCAGAAAAUAGUGCCAAAGUUGACAAUUCUGGAGGUUCAAAAAAGGACGAAGUCAAAAAGCCUUAAAUCAAGACCUCUUCGAGAAUUCGAAAUGAGAUUGCAAAAUAACAUAUAUCACUACUUUAAAUCACAUCACCGGCCGAGGGGAUCGCCAUAUGCAAGCGUAGCACAUCAAGUGACUCCUGAAGACUUUCUGUUUGAUUUGUAUUUGCCGGCUGUCUUAGAGUUAUUGAGCACACUUAUCUGGCAAUCAGAAGACGGAGAGACUACUAUCCGCGGAGCACGGGACAUAAGUUCAAACAUAUGGAGGUUCAAUGUGUGGCAUUACAACUUGAUUGGCGAAGGGAUAGUUUCAACUAUCUUGGAUAUGCUUGGUCGAGAUAAUUUCUCAUACGAUACCGAAUAUACAUGGAUUAAAUUCUAUAAUAAAGUUGCCAAUCUAGUGCAGUCGCAGACUGAGAUACAGCCUACAUAA